AUGAAGGGGCGGACUCCAGCAGUCGCUGCUGUGAGUGCGUUCCUGAGCCUCUUUGGGAUCUCUCAAGUCUACCAGAACAUAUUGUUUUCCAAGAUCACACCGCCGUCGGAGAGGGCGCAAGAAGCAGAAUGGGUAGCAACGUCCCGCUCUUGGGUGGACCGCAAGGCUUGCUCCUGGUUUGGCCUCUGUGGGCUCGCCCACCUCAACAAAGCUGCUUGGAGCACACCGACUGGUCUGAGCAAGACAGACGACCUUGGAGAUAGUGAGAAGCAUAGAGGUGUCAAUCUGACGGCGUUCUGGGAAAGCGCAAAUGUGGACCCCGCAGAUUGGUCUGAAGAGGAACGCGCUCUAAGACAAAUACCGGACUACGUGCUGGAGCAUGCGCCGUACAUCCACCUCUACUCUGGAGAAAAGUUCUGGCCUUGUGAUAUAGCGGAGCACUUGAUCCACACUACCCCUCAUCUCAACUAUACUGCUUUACGAGCCAUCUCGGACCAUCCCAAUCUUACCAAUCUCAACGACCUGAACAAGUGGGGACAAUAUGUUUAUUUGCAGAGCGAUGACAAUGUGGAGGACAGACCUGAGUGGUUGGGCGGUAAAUCCAACAUACCCAGUAUACCCGACGAUUCCGAUCCAGAAAAUUGGGCAGACUGGGACGAAGGCGCUCGUGGACGAUUCAAGGAAGACAAGCAAGGGGAGAAGGAGGACUGGUUCAGUGUGGGCAUCGGCGACACUGUGGACAAAGGGGGAAUCCGCCGUCCCUCCAGUGCAAGCACCGGACCUGUCCCCAUUCCUACCAAUACCCCCGAGGGAGAACAGCUCGUCUAUGAAGAUGAGAAGCACUGGCGACCUGAGUUGAUUCGCCGUAAUCCACGCCAUCGAGGCAAGAAGGUGGUAGGGGGCAAGAGUGAUGCGCCGGUAAUGCUCGUUGUUGUCCCGAAGGAUGAUGGAGUCGUGGAUGCAUUCUUUUUCUUCUUUUACAGCUACAAUCUGGGCAAUACCGUCUUCAAUGUCCGUUUCGGGAACCACGUGGGAGACUGGGAACAUACGGUCAUUAGGUUUCAACACGGAAAACCGAAGGCGAUUUUUUUCAGCGAACAUAGUUUUGGAGAAGCAUAUCAUUGGGACGCAGUGGAAAAGAUUGGCAAUAGGCCCAUUGGAUUCUCCGCCAGUGGAAGCCAUGCAAUGUAUGCCACCCCAGGAUUACACCCAUACAUCCUGCCAGGCGGUAUCUUGCAUGAUCAAACGGAUCGGGGACCUCUCUGGGAUCCCCUUUUGAAUUUGAAAUCCUACACUUACGAUUAUCAACGCGACAUAUUACGAAGCUCCCAGCUCACUCCGCGCGCACCUACAGGCUGGUUCUACUUCCUCGGCCACUGGGGCGAUAAGUUCUACCCUCUAAGCGAUCCGAGACAGUACCGCUUCCUGGGGCAAUAUCACUACGUCGAUGGACCGCUGGGACCUCGUUUCAAGAAUCUCGGUAGGAAAAGGAUUUGUCAAGGGAACAACGAAUGCAUUCUGGAGACGAGGAGAUACUCCCGGCGGCUUCAACCAAAACACUACCCGGUGGUGGGCGAAGGCGAGCGAAUGAGCGAAGAGGAUACCCGCCGGUUUGUCGGACCGGAAUAG